AUGAGCACACCAAUCAUAGACUCAAACGACGAACUGAUUCAUGGGACUGAGAAAAAUGACAUCAAAGAGUUGAAGACAUGGUUAGCCAAGUCAAAUUGCCAGCACCUACUACAAAAAUUUAUCGAUAAUGGUAUUACCACUGACCUCCUACCGGAAUUGGACUCUUUUAGUUUGAAAGAAAUUGGCGUCAAUAAGUUAGGAGACCGCUUGCGGUUAGAAAUAGCUAUAAAUGCAUUGAGAGUAGACAAUUUGAAAGAAUACAUCGAUAUUGGAGAGUUAUACAAACGAUUAAAUUUGGAUAUUGUCACCACUUCUACGCCAACAACUGGAAAUGAUGUUUACAACUUAAGUUCAGCCAAUCUACCAGGACCAAAUAGUGAGGGAACUCUACCACAAUUGAGCAGUGCCAACUUGAAUACUUUGAGCCAGCAACAGUUACCACUCCUGCUGCUGCAACUGCAACUACAACUGCAACUGCAGCAACCCUUGACUCCUAAUAAGGACUCUAAAAAGACAAUCACAUUCAUUUUGCAGGAUGGAAGUAUUAAACGUGUCAAUAUUACUGGUUGUUUCAAUGCACAAGCUAUCAAAAGGAAGAUUGCCAAGAAAUUGGGAUUCAAAUCACAUACGACUCAAUUUGACACUUAUAUUCAUUCACCAUAUAACGAUAAUAAGAGCAAAGAUGUACAUGGUGAUAAAUCCUCAGUUGUAUUGUUGUACGAUGUUGAGUUGGUUACCAUUUGUUACUCGCCAGAUCGAAUGGAAAAGCAUCGGAUAAUUUUGGUCCCCAAGGGGGAAACGCCAACCAAGGCAGCUAUUGAAACCUCGAACUUAAUCAUGCAAAAGUAUGAAGGCACAAGCAGAAAUAGUACGGCACAGGAACAAGGAGGUGCUUUACUGUCUGACGAUGCUGUAAAUCCAAGAACGAAUAUGAGAAACUUUUUCGGUCAAAGGCCUCCUAGUGAAUUGAUUUCGUCGAACCUAGCUGAAUAUUUCCCCGAUACAAAACAAAGGGACUUGGAAAAAACAGUACGAAAUUCAGUAAGACACAGUGUGAGGUUGAGCAGAAGACUAAAUUUACCAGUAGGUACAUUCUCUUCCAGUUCAGUGGCAUUAAAUCCUAGAGCCUCUAUGAUGAGUAAUUCUACAGGCUUAUUAUCCCACCGCGCAAUGAGUAUAUCUUCAGGUGACCAAUCUGGCUUUGGAAAUAGUGGGAUUGGACUUGGUGGGUUGAGAAGAGAACAUGCCUAUCAUCGCACUGUUGGUGAUAUAAUGGUAAACAACAUAUCAGCAAUUGAUGAAGCAGUUGUGACCAGUGACACAGCCAGUAUGUUUAGUAAACCAUCAAGUCAAUUUCAGAACCAACACCAACAUUUGGGAUUUGGGGGCGUGGCCGGUGUUGGUGCCGUUGGGUCGCCUCCUAUGAAUCCGCAAAUUUCACGAGUAGACUCGCAUAAUCAAGAUGCCCGUUCGAUGCUUAGUACCACCAAUGGUACUGCAUUGCAUAGGAUAUCCUACUGUUCUCCAGAUAUGGAUCUUGAAGGUGGUGGCACAGGAAAUGGAUUUGAAGAUCGUCGUCACUCAACUAUACAACUAUUGGAUGCCCAUAUGUCUGACGACGAGCUAGAAGGUCUUGACGAUGAUGCCAUCAUUGCUGAAGAAUUGGAAACUAAUGGAUUUGAAAAUGGGGUCCCAGCCAAUUGGCUUAAAGGUGCAAAGAUUGGGUCUGGAAGUUUUGGAACCGUUUAUCUUGGUAUGAAUCCAUUUACAGGUGAAUUGAUGGCAGUUAAGCAGAUACCUCUACAUAACAAUAAGCUCAAAUUGAUAGAACAGCAACAGAAACUGACGCAAAAGGUCAAUGCUAUUGAAAACAAAGAGAGAUCUCAACACCAUAAUCAUCACCAGCCACAAGAGAGUAAACAUGUUUACAGAGAUGAUGUCUCUGAGACACCGUCAAGAAUAACUACCCCAGUUUCAGCUGGCUCUCAACAGCCGCAAGAUCCAAAUUAUCCUGCACCUCCUCCUCUACCACAAAAGGAUACAUCAACGCCUACCCCCAUUCUGCAAAAGAUUGCUGAUCAGGAAAGAGAAAUGUUGUUGUUGAAAGAUUUGAACCAUGAAAAUAUAGUACGGUACUUUGGCAGUUCAAGUGAUGAGAAUUACCUCAAUAUAUUCCUUGAAUAUGUCCCUGGUGGCUCGGUACAAACAAUGUUGAACUCAUAUGGACCAUUUGAAGAACCAUUGAUACGUAAUUUCAUUAGACAAGUAUUGAUUGGAUUGAAUUAUCUUCAUGGAGAAGAUAUUAUUCAUCGUGACAUCAAGGGGGCCAAUAUUCUAAUUGAUAUAAAAGGAACAGUUAAAAUCGGUGAUUUUGGAAUAUCCAAAAAAGUUAGCACUAUUGAUGAAGAAGAUGAAAAUUUGAAAAAGAAUGGCAAGAGAGCAUCGUUGCAAGGUUCAGUGUUUUGGAUGGCACCAGAGGUGGUUAAACAAACUACGUACACCAAAAAGGCGGAUAUUUGGUCUGUGGGUAGUUUAAUUGUCGAAAUGUUUACCGGGAAACACCCAUAUCCUGAAUUGAGUCAAAUGCAAGCAUUGUUUAAAAUUGGAAAUCAUGUACCCCCAACAAUACCUGAAUGGUGUACUGAAGAGGCGAGAUCAUUUUUGGAAAAGACGUUUGAAUUGCAUUAUUCAAAGCGUCCACAUGCUAGUGAGUUGUUAAAUGAUCCAUUCUUGAAUGCAUUGAUUAUGUCAAAACAACUGUAA